AUGGCUCUGAUCGCGACUGACCGCGGCUGCAAACCCAACGGGACCUCGGUGAUCUACGGCCGAGUUGGGCCGAGGAAAGACGAGUUCCAGGGGAAGAGUGAGAGCUUUAAAAGUGGCCCCAUGCAGCCGAAGGAGCCGGAGUACUCCACAGAUGGUCUCCCCAAAGCCUUCCUCCACAGCCUGAGGACCCUCUUUGACAUCCUGGAUGACGGGGGUCGAGGCUACGUGCACAUCUCGGAGAUCGAGAGCCGCUGGCAGGGCGCGGACACCCGGGCGCUUCCCGGCGGGGUGCUGGGCUGCCUGCGGAGGGUCACCCCGCCGAACGGGUGCCUGACCUUUGAGCGGUUCGUGGCGGGGCUGCGGUGCUCCAUGCUCAACCCGGAGAACAGCUCCCACCUCCGGGCCCAGGCCGCCGUGCACCCGCAGAAGCAGCCACUGAAACCGGCCCCGCUGUCCGGGUGUGGCGUCGGGACCCGGGUGGAGAACAAGGUGCGACCGCUGGGGCCGAGCAACGCGGCCAACAUGCAGCCGCAGCCCCGGGGGGCCUCGCUCCAGGGCCGGGGGGGCAGGCCGGAGGAGGGGCCCGGGUACCCCGCGUGUGGCCCGGCGAGGUACGGCAGGAGUGUGGAGCGGAUCCCCGGCGCUCCGGAGGGGGGGUGCUACCGGGCCGAGCCGAACCAGGCCAACAAGCCGGCCCAGCCACAGCAGAGCCGGGUCCGAACCAUCGAGUCUCUCGCUCUGGAGUCUCCGCAGCUCCAAGGAGCAAGUGUUAUGAAAUCCGGUCUACCAAGAUCUCAGAGUGAAUCUGCAACAGGAUUUACUGGCGGCUCCAGGCGACACGGGCGGAGCCGGGACGAGCAGAGACGGCAUACCAUAUCCAACGGGGUGGAUUAUGGCAUGUUGAAGCAAAUGAAAGAGCUCGAGCAGGAGAAGGACUCCCUGCUGGCGGGCCUGGAUGUGGUGGAGCGGGCCCGAGACUGGUACCAGGGCCAAAUCCACAAUGUCACCGAGAGACAGCGGCAGGUCGGCCAGAGCUCGCAGUGCACGGAUUUCUUGACAGAAGCAAAUCAGAGUCGCAUGAAUGUUCUCAUUCCCAAACUACAGGAAGUCAACCACUGCCUUAGUGACCUUAUCUCCUGCACUGGUAUGCAGUCAUUUCCUGCCAGCGGCGGCCAGACUGCAGCGCUGUCUGCGAACUCUCAGCCUCCACCUCCAGCUCCUCCACAGGCCAUCCAGAGGCUGAAGGACCAGAACCGGCUCCUCACUCAGGAGGUGACGGAGAAGAGCGAGCGCAUCGCCCAGCUGGAGCAGGAGAAGUCUGCUUUGAUAAAGCAGCUGUUUGAGGCUCGAGCCCGCAGCGCACAGGACACCAGCACCAUGGACUCCACUUUCAUCUGAACACACUCCACCCCUCCACAUAUCUGUUCUGGUCAGGAGCAAACUUUUUUCUGAGACUGACUCUUUGUUUACCCAGCUGACCACUUGUGGCAGUGACGCACCUUUUAGCCAUGACACGCCAAAACCCUCGACUGCAACAUGUCACCACGACACCCCAAACUAAACCAUGCACUACCUAGACAUGAACACUCCCGGAUGACUUGACCCAAGAGUCUAAAGGCUCUUUUACCUGCUACCUUCCCUCUUCCUGCACCGAGCAAGGCUGCAAUGAAAAAAAGAAAGGGAGCUCAAGAGCUCCCAUCACUCCAUUUUUUUUUUUACACCAUCUGCAGAAU